UCUACCUCUGACCUGAGUCACUUCCGGGCCGGCGACGAGCAAGGAAGUAAAGUUUCAGCUAAGAUUGCCGUUAAGCAUUUUGGGAUAAAUCUGUGCAGUUUGAAACAAUUCAUCAAUUAGGAGAAAGGCAAUGGCAUCUAAAAGCAAACUUCCAGUCAUUACACAAAAAAAGGUCUUUGCGGCACUUCCAACUGCAGAAAGAGGAAAACCUGUUAAGAUCACUGGAGACCCCAAAGGAGAAAACUUCUUGUAUUGCAAUGGUCAGAGCAUUUUCAUUAGGAAUAUUCAGGAGCUUUCCAAAGUGGAUGUAUACACAGAACACUCCAAACCUACCACCAUUGCACGUUAUUCACCCUCCCGCUUCUACAUUGCUUCAGCAGACAUAGCAGGAAAAGUUCGAAUUUGGGACACUGUCAACCCUGAACACAUUUGUAAAGCAGAGUACCCUGCUCUCGGUGGGGCAAUCUUGGAUCUGGACUGGUCAACAGACAACCGACACAUUGUAGUUUGUGGAGAUGGACGUGAAAAGUUUGCCCAUGUUUUUGCAAUGGAAACUGGCACUUCUGUAGGUGAGAUUAUUGGACAUUCCAAAAAGGUCAACACUUGCUCAUAUCGACAGUCUCGACCUUUUCGAAUUGUGACAGCAAGUGAAGAUCGAACUGUGGCUCUGCAUGAAGGACCUCCAUUCAAGUUUCAAAAAAGCUUUCAUAAUCACUCAAAUUUUGUGAAUGUUGCAAGAUAUUCAAAAAGUGGGGAUGUCUUCAUCAGUGGAGGUGCGGAUGGAAGGCUCUUCAAGUUUGAUGGAAAGUCUGGUGAUGAACUAGGAGAAAUAGGAUCCCCUGCUCACAAAGGUGGCAUCUAUGAUCUGACAUUCAGUCCAGAUGAUAAGCAGAUCUUGACAGUGUCUGGAGACAAGACUGCCAAAAUAUUUGAUGUACAAUCAGGAAAUCUUGUCAUAGAUUUUGUCAUGGGGGACAAGGACUGGCAGGACAUGCAGUUGGGAUGCUUGUGGCAAGGUCCAAAUAUCAUUAGUGUCAAUGCUCGUGGCCACCUGAUAUAUCAUAGCCUGGAGACACCAGAUCAACCACUCAGGGUUGUCAAGGGUCACAUGAAGCCUAUCACAUCUUUGGCUGUGACCAGAGAUGGCAGUAAAUUCUUCACUGGUGGUCUAGAAGGCAUUGUAUGGUGGGAAGCUGGUUCUGGCACAAAUGAUAUAGUUCAAGGGCCUGGACACACAUCAGAAGUGACAGACCUUGCAGUGGAUGAUGACAUACUUGUCAGCAUUGGUGUUGAUGAUUUUGUUCGCUUCUCGUCUGUUAGCACUUGUCAGUUCAGAGAUGGUCAGGCUUGCAAACUGGACUCUCAGCCCAAAGCUGUUGAUGCCUGCAAUGGUGUAGUUGUGACAGCAUCUGUGCAACAUCUGACUGUACUUUUAAAUGGUAAGAAAGUGUUUACCUUGCCAGUCAAGUCUGAGGCACUCUGUGUUAGCAUUCACCCUGGUGGAUUUUUUGUUGCUGUAGGACACAAGGACAGCAAAGUUCGAAUUUACUCUCUGCAAAAUGGAGCCUUGAGUGAAAACCAGACAGUACCUGUGAAAGGUGAGCCGUCUGCCCUUGCCUAUUCACCAGAUGGGGCUUAUCUGGCAGUUGGAGCAGACCGCCAGGUUUUGGCCUUCUCUGUCCCUGAUUACAAGGAACUGAGUAAUGGGGAGACUCACACAGCUCGUGUCAAAUGCUUAGCAUGGUCACCAGACAGCUCAAGAUAUGUUACUGGUGGUCUAGACAGUAUGGUCAUUCUCUGGGAUGAUGUUAACUGCUCUUUUAAAGAGAGGCCCAAAAUUAGAGCACACACAAUGAGUCAUGCCAACCAAAUCGCUUGGCUGGAUUCCCACACUGUCAUCACAGCAGGCCAGGAUGCCAAUGUCAAGCAGUUUUCUGUUACAGAUUAAAUCUGUGUAUCUGGCCAGAGUAGGCAUAUUUUUUUAAGUUGUGUAAAUAUUUUUGAUGUUCUUGCAAAUACUUUAACACUUGUUAUUCGAUUAGUUGACAGGAUGCAUUUUGCACUUGAUGUGUGUUUUAUGCACCAAACUGUAUGUUUUAGGAAGAGACUUUUAUCUUUAUCGGUUAAUAAGAUUUAAUAUGAUCAUGAUUUGAAAUCUUAUUGAUUUUUCUUUUGUUGGCAUUGUUAAAAUCUUAAGGACUAAUCUGUAUUUAUGGUGCAAAUAACUAAUAUAUCUUUAAAUGUUCAGAAGGGACUGAUAUUGGCAAUGUUUAUAAGGAGUGUGCUCAUUGAUCUAAAGAUUGUGUUAGCGACUGGACUGAGACACUGCAAAAAUAUCAAGUAACUGAAUCUCUCAGAAACAUCAUAUUAUGAGAUUUACUUUUCUUCUAGUUAACUCACCUGCCCUGAUAAAACAAUAUUUAAAUAUAAGCCAGGUAAUAUAAUUGAAAAAAAAAUCUGAUUCAACUAGAUGCUUCUAUAAGUUCAUUAAACCUCAAGAAGUCACGAACUAUAUCUUGCAUCUGUCCAUGGAAAUAUUUGUUACCUUGAUUCUUCUUUCAAUACUUACAACUGUGUGAGCUGUUAGCUAAAAUUGCUCAGGACUCUUUCAUGUUAAAAUUUUCUGCUCAGUAAUAGAGUAAGUGUGAAGUGGAUUGGUUCUGCUUGUGAAUUUUGAGAAAUAUACAGUAGACAGUCGUGAACAUGGUUAAAAUGCUUGCACAUUAGUUUUGCCUUUGCAGAUAUCUAUGGAAACUGUUUUCUUCAGCUUUAUAUUAUAGCUGUUCAAUUAUUCCCUGAUUACUUCAUAUAGUUCAGUGGUCCAAAAGGUAAGUGAAUAGAAGGACUGAGUAUGUAUGAAAAUUAAAUCUAGAAAUUAAGGCAUCAGGUUACCACCUUUCAAUUUAUCCCAGUAAAUUUUGUUUUUUUAAAAGAAAUUUCAACUGAAAUAUUGCAGUAAAGAUGACAAUCAAAAUCAGCAACCAUUAAUACAGUCUGCCGAGAUGAAACUAUAGGCACUGUGCAACAUUUGUUGCUGCAUGUUACCAUAUUAGCAGACAGAAGCAUGGAGUAAAUUGUCCAUGUUCAGUGAGUUAAUAGAUAUUAAAGUUGUAUCAUCAAUCAAUUAAAUGAGCUAGAUUAUUUAAAUUAAGCUCUCAAGACACAGAAAAACUGGGCAAAUAUAGAGCAAAGAAGUGCUAAAGAAAGGAACAUGUUCAAGGCUUUUAGCUUGCUUAGAAUGUUAUAUAGUCAAAGGUAUUUUAUCACUAAAUGCAUGCAGCAUUUUUAUCAGCAAAGAUGGUGCUUGUUUUUCCUUAUGGAAAGAGCAGAAUAAAAUAAAGUAUUUGCUGUAAA